ACUUACAACAUAAAUCAGGACAUCGUUUAUAUCAGACCGAAUACAGACAAAGUACAGACACAAGUGCACCAACAUAUUUGCAGGGCACUGAAGCAACAAGAAGCAUAAGACUGAAUGAUGCAGUUCUCCAUACGAAAAUUAUUAUGAAAGGUCUUAGAAAGAUGAAGGAACUUAGAUUUCUUUUUGUAAAUCCUAGAUAUAAAACAUGGGAACAUCAUGGAGUUCACCAAUACUUGCCAGAUACUUUACAAUCUCUAAAUUGGCGCGGAUACCCUUAUAUCUAUUUACCUAAAUCUUUUCAAGCAAAUAAGCUCGUAAACCUUGAAAUGGUUGGGGGCAAAAUCUCUGAACUCUGGGAAGGGAGCGAAAGAAAGGUAGAAUAAUUAUUGAUAGUUGGUUUUGCAUAACUCGUUACAGUGUUAUAAUUUGUCAUUACACUUAUAUUUGUUUCCUUUUAUGAUAGGUUCUUAAUAAGCUCAGAUUCCUUGACCUCACAUGUUCAAAGUUGAGUACCUUAGACCUUAGCAUGACUCCACAUCUUGAGAAGUUAAAUCUUCUAGGUUGCUAUAAAUUUUCGGAACUUCAAAUGUCUGUUGCAUGUCCAAAGCUUAAAUUCGUCAACCUCUAUGGCUCUAUGGUAAGAAACUUCAACCUCGGCCUGACUCCAAAUCUCGAGACCUUAGGUCUUCUAGGAUGUAAAGAAUUUGUUAAGCUCCACGUGCCCGUUAAAUGCCCAAACCUCAAAUUCCUCCAUCUUGCUUAUUCAAAGAUGAGUAACCUUAACCUUGGGAUGAUUCCACAUCUGGAGGAGUUACAAUUCUCAGGCGCUGGUGGAUUUGUAGAACUCCUCAUGCCCGUUGAAUGUCCCAACCUCAAAUCCCUUAAUCUUAAUGGUUCUAUGGUGAGUAACCUUAACCUUGGAAUGACUCCACAUCUCGAGAUGUUAGAUCUUUCUAACUGGACGGAAUUUGUAGAACUCGAAUUACCUGUUGAAUGUAAGAACCUCAAAUCCCUCAAUCUUAGUGGUUCUAAGGUGAGUAAACUUAACCUUGGGAUGACUCCACAUCUUGAGGAGUUACAUCUUGUCGGAUGUAAUGAAUUUGUAGAAUUCAACUUGCCCUUUGAAUGUCGAAACCUCAAAUCCCUCAAUCUUAGUGGUUCUAAGGUGAGUAACCUUAACCUUGGGAUGACUCCACAUCUCGAGACAUUAGAUCUUUCUAAAUGUAAUGAAUUUGUAGAACUCUACUUGCCCGUUGAAUGUCCAAACCUCAAAUCCCUCAAUCUAAGUGGUUCAAAGGUGGGUAACCUUAAUCUUCGGAUGACUCCACAUCUUCAGACAUUAGAUCUUUCCAAAUGUAACGAAUUUGUAGAACUCCACUUGCCCGUUGAAUGUUUGAGCCUCAAAUUUCUCUACCUAUGUGGUUCUAAGGUGAGUAAACUUAACCUUGGUAUGACUCCACAUCUCGAGGAGUUACGUCUCGAAGGAUGCAAUGAAUUUGUAGAACUCCAUUUGCCUGUUGAAUGUUCGAACUUCAAAUUUCUUGAUCUUAGGGAUACUAAGGUGGGUAACCUUAACUUGGGGAUGACUCCACAUCUUGAGACGUUAAAUCUUCAAGGAUGUUAUUGUCUUCAAAAAAUUCACGCUCCAGUGGGAUGUCUAAAAAAGCUUGUUUACUUAAACUUAACUGGAAGUUUAAGGUUUAAACAUUUUUUGAUUGACAAACGCUAUUUAUAUCCUCAUUUUUCAAUGGCUAAGUUAGAACUAACUGUGGAGUCUGUAGAUAUAUGCCCACUUCAUCCCAACAAUAAUUUGCCAAAGUUUCAGUUUCAAUGUAAAUAUGCUGAACCUGUAUCCUCAUGGAGUGGAAAUGUUGAGAAGCUUAUUUCUUUUGGUCUAUGUGCUUGCACAAACCUUGAAUCUUUUUCAUCAAGCAUUUCUGGCUUACAAGAUUUAAGAGAGCUUACACUUAAUGGCAGUAUUUCAGAAGUGGUGCCCAAAGAUCUUUGGCAGAUUGAAAGUCUGGAGAAGCUAAUUUUAUGUUUGAAAGAGAUUAAGCAUCUUCCAAAUAGCAUUUGUAUGAUGAAACAUCUGAAAUCUCUUGAACUUAAAUCUUGUUGGCUUCUGGAGCAGUUAACCAUGGAUUUUGACAGAUUACAGUGUUUAGAGGAGUUACGCCUCACGGAUUGUAUACAAUUAAGAGAUAUUCCGAACAGCGUCCGAAACAUGAAAUGCUUAAGACAUUUACAUAUCUCCUAUUGUAGUCAAGUUAAGGAACUGCCAAAGGAAAACCUUGAGCCUCUUUUAUCAAGCAUUUGUGGUUUACAACAUUUUAGAGAGCUUACACUUGAAGGCGGUAUUCCAGAGGUGCCCAAGGAUUUGUACAGGUUAGAAAGUCUAGAGAAGCUGUCUUUGCGGAUGGAAGAGCUUAAGCAUCUUCCAGAUAGCAUUUGUAUGAUGAAAUAUCUGAAAUCUCUUGAUCUUAGUUAUUGUAGAUCCUUGCAAGAUAUUCCAGACAACAUCUGUAACCUGAAAUGUUUAGAAAAUUUAGAUCUCAGACAAUGUAUUCGAGUUGAGAAUUUGCCAGAGGAAUUUGGACGUUUGGAAAGUUUGAAAAAGAUAUAUAUAAAUGGUACGGGCAUUCGUAGUCUUCCACAGAGCAUUUAUCAAUUGAAAGGUCUGCGUAUUAAUGGGUCUAGGGAGGAGCUUAAGUCAUGUGGUUUUGAAUCAUUGAAGGAAGUGAUCCCGGGAUUCAAUCUCCGGUGGUACGUAGAGUUGUGAAUCCUAAGGGAUUAGUAUUCAAAGUCCAGCAUAAUCAUAAAUCAAUGAUGUUCAGGACAUCAAGUGCCGCAUUUUCGUUUUCCCCAAGUUGAUAAAGAGUUUUGGUGAUUUCAAGGAAAACCAUUGGGUUUGUUGGGCGUGGAGAAAGAAUGGAAGCUCUUGAACUGUUUUAUACAAAUUGAAAGGCUGGACGUGAUUUAGGCAUGGGAGGCGUUGUUCAAGAAGUUAUAAGUUUCAUUUGCUCUACGUGAAAGGCUGGACAUGAUUUAGGCAUGGGAAGCUCUUGAACUGUUUUAUACAAAUUGAAAGGCUGGACUUUGAUGUAAUUACCAAAACUCAUCUAGGUACUUGUACGUUGUUUUACUACUAUUUGAUGAUGUUAUUA